UUGCGCCUUAAUCCACCCAUGAAUUAGUAUUAGUUUUAUCUGCAGAGCAUCGUCAAUGAAUGGAAACACAAACACUAAAGAGUAAGAGGAAAAACAAACGCAACCCUCCCUCCAUUUCUACUUCCAUCUCACAUCUGAAUCUCACUUGUCACUACUGCAUCAUUUCUUCUAAUUCAUUUCUCCAAACCCUAAUUCAACUCCUCCCAAUUUUUUUAGCACAAAAUGUGCAGUUCAACAACUCCUACUACUUCACUCUCUCUCCUCCUUUCUCAUGCGCACUGUUUCUCUCCUCGCCGUAAUCCGUUUAAACCUCCGAUCACAAUUCUCAGUCAUUACAGUCUCAGAAAUCACACCCUUCGCAUUUCUUCCGCCAUUGCUGACAAAACCUCUCAGCUUUCUUGGGUAUCCUCCGAUGAUUCUGCAACCGAUGAUUUUGGUGGUUGGGAACUUCCUCAACCUCCCACUUCCCCCCAUAAAAAAGGUUUCCCGACAUUUUUGGUUGUUGGUAUUGGGACUUCAAUCGCUGUACUUGUCGCUGCCUUAGCUCAUUUUGGAUUGUCGAAAAAUGGCUACAGAUUUCCAUCGAGCAGUUCAUCCGUUGAUUCUUCAGUAGAAAUUGCUGUUGAAGUCUCAGAAACUGAAGCUGCUGAUUUUGAUGAAUUUGAGGAGGAAAUUGAAGUUGCCGAGAAGUCCGAAGUGGAUUCUUUUGAGGUGGUUUUUAAGUCUGUGGAAUCAGAAAAUCGCCCACCACGUGUUGUUAGUGUUCCUGUGGAUUCUAAUCAGCAAGAAGCUAUAAAUGCAUUGAAAAAAUUGAAGAUUUUUGAUGAAGAUGUCAAAACUAAUGAGCUGUGCACUCGGAGAGAAUAUGCAAGAUGGCUAGUUCGAGCAAGUUCAUUGUUGGAAAGGAAUCCGAAGUACAAGAUAAUCACAACAGCUGCUCUCUCUGGGUCUGUUAUUUCUGCUUAUGACGAUGUCAAGAUUGGAGACCCGGAUUUUGACUCCAUACAAGCUCUAGCUGAAGCUGGUGUUAUGCCAAGUAAACUAACACUGAAGCAAGAAUCUGAUGGAGAAUUGAAUUUCUCUCCUGAAAGAUUUAUAUCUCGUCAAGAUUUAAUAGAAUGGAGAUCCCAGCUGGAAUAUGAUUUUGCCCACACAGGAAAUCCGGAGAUACUGAAUACAAAAUUGGACCUAAUGGAUGUGAGGGUGAUAAGCUCAGAUGAACGGCCAGGACUCUUCAUGGACAUGCUUGCUGGGGACAGAAGCCUGCUUAGAAGAGUGUUCGGACAAAUUAGGAGACUUCAACCAAAUAGACCUUCAACAAUAGCACAAGCAGCUGUUGCACUUACAAGUGGCCGCCUGAUAGAAGCUAUUCAGAAUGAAUUGUUAAGAAUGCAAGAUGAGGAAUCUUCUAGGAAAGCUGCAAAAGAGGAGAUCAAACAGGAGGUAUUAGAUCGAGGGGAUAUAGAGAGAUGCUGGGCUGAAAAGAUGGAAGAGGAGAAUCAACGUGGCAUUGAGGUACAUCAGUCAUAUGUAGAUGCUUUCGAUCUUUUGGAACAAGAGAAGAUUGUUCAAGAGAGAGCUUUAAAUGGGUUUUUGAAGGAGAAAGCUGCAAUGGACUGCCAGAAGCAACUUUUAGAGGGUUUGAAGGAGGAAGUCAAUGAAAUAUCUGAGAGGCUUGUAUCGGAGAGAACUGAACAUAUCUCUGAUGAGGAUUCGGCACAAACUCUUCGUUCUUAUUUGGAAACUAAGAUGGAAGGAAUAAUUGAUGCCAAGUCUCUGCUUGAGGCUGAGAUUGAAGCUCUUCGAAUCAUGAGUUGCUCUGUUUAUUGCUGUCAUAUAUGGAUUUUUGGCAAUGCCAUUACAAAACCUUACUAAGAUCGUGGAUUGAAGAUGAAGCAAGGAAAAGCAAAGCUCGUUCAAAGGUUCUUGAGGAGGUGGGCAGACGAUGGAAAUGGGAUAGACAAUAGAGAUGCUUGAGGACUAGGGAGAAUUAAUUUUGUUGCUCUAGGAAACUUGAAGAUUAUUUAAUGUCUAAUCUUUUGUGCAAUAACCUGUCACAGGGAACCUUGUACAUUUGUAAUUAGGUUAGAGCUGCGUUCAUCUGUUUCUCGUAGCAUUCUCUUCAUGCCCAUUUUGCCCAAGGAGCGGGGCUUAACAUGAUAAUCGCACUGUAUACACUGUAUAUAUGUUGAUUGCAAAGCCUGAGUUCAUGAUCAAUAAAGUAUUCUGGUCUCUUAUUUUUGGAAAAUUUUA